UGAGCAACACUAGAGCUAACUCGCAGGCAUGCCGAGGUGCAAUAAAUGUUUAUCUGAAAACGACUCUGCAUCGGAAGACCGGCAUUGGCACAGGAUAGUGAAGCAGCAACAUCCAAAGCUAACCACAAACCAGGCACACUAUAAUCCUCGCCCCCAAGAAUGACGCCAAGUGUCACCCCACUGACACCCUACUAUUAGUAUACUCUGGACCGGACGUCCUACAUUCCUGACAUUCCUCCAUACUCACAUAGGCAGUGCAUGAACACACACGAAAGAGCCAUGAGAGGUAGAGGAGCAGAAGAAGACAUAUACACAGAAUAUGUAGGGAAACAGUAGCUACUACCUUCACGAAUACCCCUUGCAUGGUCUUUGUGGUGCAAGUCACAAGGCCACCUUGUUCAUGAAUUGUGUUUCCAACGGCACCGUUUAUGAGGAGGCGGUUGGACGAGAAGGGAGCUGGGCCAGGCUGUGCGACGGAUGUUGCGCGGUGCCAAGCGUGGUGUACUGCCGCGCCGACUCCGCGUACCUCUGCGCAUCUUGUGAUGCGCAGAUCCACGCCGCAAACCGUGUGGCUUCACGCCAUGAGCGUGUGCUUCUCUCCGAGGCGUACAAGCAUGCACCAGUGGUGCUGGAAUGUCAUGCAGAUGCUGCAGCGUUGUGCGCCGCCUAUGAAGCACAGGUACACUACACAAACCUGCUUGCCGCGAUGCACCAGCGCGUGCCCGUGGUAUCACACCCGGCUGCAGCCAUUCCAGCUGCUUCUUUAUUUGCUGAGGCAGCAGCCACCCCUCCUGUCCUUGGCCGCAAGGAAGAGGAUGCCUCUUGGCUGCUGCUCAGCAAAGAUUCUGAUAACCAUAAUCACAGUGGUAACAACAGCAGCAGCAGCAGCACUAGCAGAUACUUUGGUGAAGUGGAUCAGUACUUUGACCUUGUCGGGUACAAUUCUUACUACGAUAGCCGCAUGAGCAACCAAGAGCAGUAUGUGAUGCAAGAACAACAACAUCUGCAGCAGAUGCAAAAGGAGUACGCGGAGCAGCAGAUGCAAAAGGAGUACGUGGAGAAGGAAGGGAGCGAGUGCAUAGUACCUUCACAGUCUGCAAUUGUGAGUAGGCCACAUCAGAGUGGUUAUGCACCACUUGUAGGGGCAGAGCAGGCUGCCUCCGUGACUGCUGGGGUUAGUGCUUACACAGAUUCCCUCAACAACAGCAUAUCUUUCUCCAUGGAAGCGGGUAUAGUACCGGACAAUACGGUCCAGUCCAGCAUCCUGAGACCUGCUGGAGCAAUCGGUCUCUUCUCAAGUCCUUCACUUCAGACGCCACUGCACCUCAGCUCCAAGGAGAGAGAGGCCAGGGUCCUCAGGUACAAGGAGAAGAAGAAGAGCAGAAAGUUUGAGAAGACCACACGUUAUGCAACAAGGAAGGCGUAUGCCGAAGCACGGCCAAGGAUCAAGGGCCGCUUCGCCAAAAGAUCAGAUGCGGAAAUGGAAGUGGACCAGACGUUCUCAACUGCAGCCCUAUCUGACAGUAGCUACAGUACUGUCCCUUGGUUCUGAUGAGGCAUCGUAUUAGCAUGUAGACUUACCAGAGUGAUAAGGUACAGUAUGAGUAUUUCAAGCAAAUCAAUGCUCUGAAUAAUGGUUGGAUAUGUACAACUUAAUCAUAAGGCACCUUAGCACCUACGUUUUGAUUUAUA